UUCAACAGUCCAAGAUGGGAGGCAGAUAUUAUAGAUUUUGGAUUAGCUAGCCAACCCAUUCUGUCAGAGGCAUACAAACAACUCCAUAUACCAAGUCAUACUUAAUUACUCUCUCUCUCUCUCUAUCUACACAUAAUCUAUAAACUAUACAUCAUCUUCACAUCUGUAUAUCUAUAUCUUUAAUUUACAACUCCAUCACCAUCCUCCUAAUGAAUCAAAAAUGUUUGUCAACCUUGAGAGCCACAUCCUUGAGCCUCAGUAUAUUCACUUUCUUUCUCUUAUUAUUGAGGAAAGCUCUCUGUGUUGAUCCACACUUUGAGGAAUGCGGAGCGAUUAACAAGUGUGGUGACCAACAAAUAAGUUAUCCGUUCUGGAUUGAAGGCCAGCAAAAACCCUAUUGUGGGCACCCCGGUUUUGUGCUCACUUGCAAGAAUGACACUCCGAUUCUUCGCAUACCAUACAACGAUUAUAUAGUUAAGAAGAUCUUCUACACCAACCAAUCUAUCCUUGUAAGCAACUAUGCUGUUUUAGAUUCCAACAAUGUGUGUUUUCCGAGAAUUCGGAACAUGACACUUGAAGACUCCCGGUUUGAGGAUUAUAAGGAUGUACCUAUGCUCGUUUUGUACUCCAAUUGUUCAUUGAAGUCGCCUUUGCCUAAGGAGCUUUCGAGUUACAUGGUUGAUUGUGAUGGUGGUGACGGUCUAGUAAAGUUUCCUAAUGAUGCCAGCUUAGGUUCUUGGACGGACAAUUGCAAAACUAAGGUGAUGGCACCAAUUCAUCAAUUGUCUGAAAAUGAUGAAAAUGAGGAAUUUUUAGGGAUAUUGAGAAAAGGGUUUGAGUUGAAGUGGGUAGCCAACAACUGUAGUGUAUGUGGGGAAAGUGGUGGGCAUUGUGGGUUCGAUAAUUUGAACCAUUUCAGGUGUUUCUGUCCUGAUAGGCCUCAUGCUUACCAUUGUGUUGGGCCUCCUGUGCCUGCUGUCCUGGUUAUUAGAGGUUCCAGUCUCGAGGUUGAGGAUCCGCAGCUGGGAGACUGUCAUUCGUCUAUUCAUCUUGUGUACUUUUAAAUAGUAUUGGAUUAUUGGAUAAUGUUUUAAGGGGUCCUUGAGUUAUGGGAUUUCCGAAUUGUAAUUGUUAGAGAAUCAUUAAGUAAUAUUUAUUUAUUAGUUUUCU